AUGGCUUUGAGCGUAGAUGAUCGUCUUCGAUGUAUUGGAAUCCCAAUAGUUUCUCGUUGUGAUUGUUGUCACGAAGAUAAGUAUGAAGACCAAAACCACGUACUUUUCGAAGGUGAGUUUGCAAAGGAAUUAUGGCAUUAUUAUGGAGCUACCUUUGGUCUUCCUCUUGGUCUUACUUGGAGGGAGAUGGCAAUAAUUUGGUUUCGACGUGCGCCCUCAGUAUCUCAAGUGGGGCUUAUAGUGGGGCUUCUACCUUCCAUUAUUACUUGGCACCUUUGGCGUAGAAUAUGUACAGCACGCAUGGAGGGUAGUAUUCAGUCUAUUAGUUCAGUCUGGCUUUCUAUUAGAAGUUGGAUGCGUUUAGUAAGUCGAGAUAUGAAAAAGGUUAGUAAAUGUUCUAGACAUGACUUACAGAUUUUACAGAUUUUGAAUAUUUUGGUGUUGGUUCCCAAUAGGAAGUUUUUAAAGCUAGUUGCUUGGCAAAAGCCAGCUCAAGGGUGGUUUAAGUUGAAAACAAACGGUAGUAGUCUUGGUAACCCAGGUUCUUCAGGAGUGGGUGGUAUUAUUAGAAAUGAACGAGGCCAUAUGGUUUACGCCUUCAAUUCUCAUAUUGGUUUUGGUUCAAAUAAUAUAGCUGAAUUGUUAGCUAUUUUGCAGGGUCUCAAAGCCUAUAAGGAUCUGGGGAUUAAUUUUGUGGAAAUUGAAUUAAAUUCUCAAGUAGUGAUCUCGUGGUGGAAUAGGCGAAGGUGUGGGGUGUGGUACCUGGAAGAUUUUUGGGAAGAUACUCUAGCACUUAUGGAUUCUAUGGUUGCUUCGAGGAUUAAUCCGUUUGGAUAUACUGGGUUUUCCAUCUUUGCGUUGCUGAAAGGUUUUCUUGCUAAGUAUUUUAGUAUGUCUUGUCUUGAUGUAGUUUUCUUUUGGUUAGAGGCUUCCAGUAAUUGUGACACCUGGUUUAAGAACUUUCUUGUUUAUCUUGUAACCCCAGGUGCCAGUUUGUAA